CACGGAGCGUCUAUACAGGCAGUGACCGAGUCGGGUCUCACUCCGAUCCAUGUGGCGGCUUUCAUGGGACACGAUAACAUCGUCACUCAGCUGACGAAUCAUGGAGCUUCUCCAAACACAACUAAUGUGAGGGGAGAGACGGCGCUCCACAUGGCAGCGAGGGCCGGCCAGGCUGGCGUGGUCAAAUACCUGGUUCAGAGUGGAGCCAGAGUGGAGGUCAAGGCCAAGGACAACCAGACCCCGCUCCACAUCUCCAGUCGUCUGGGGAAGCCUGACAUCGUGCUGUAUCUGCUGCAGAAUGGGGCGUGUCCUGACGCCACUACCACCUCUGGCUACACCCCCCUACACCUGGCUGCCAAAGAGGGACACAGAGACGUCUCCUCAGUCCUCCUUGACCAGGGGGCUUCUCCAGACAUCACUACCAAGAGUCAGAUGACAGCCCUACGUGAGGGCAGCUCGACCCCAGCCCAGUCCAAGAUCUUCAAAGCUCCUUCUCCCAUUCCCAGUUCAUCCCCGACCAGCGCACUAUGA